AAAAAUCUUUCCUUAAAGAGAUGGUAGUAAAAUUGUUAAUUAAUACAAAAAAAAAUAAACCCCAGUACCCUCUUCCCGUCUAGCGUCAAUUUAAGCCGUAUAAAUCCUCAUUGCCUUCCUCGAGGCCACGAAAGCGUAAAAUAAACGACUGAAAAAAACCGGUCUCGUCUCUCCUCUGGAUCACGCAUUUCUAACAAGUCGCUAAAGGUAGAUGGAUACUCGACUGAAAAUGAAUAGCAGCCAAGCACAGGAUGAAGUUAAUUCAAUUGACGGUGUUGACCUCUUUAAUGCUAAUUUGUUAGAAAGAGUAGCGCAUCAACUUUACAGCGAUGGACUUAUUUUCAGACCACUCAACAGCAAAGAUUAUGAUAAAGGUUUUUUACAACUUUUGGGACAGUUAACUAACGUUGGCAACGUCACCAGAGAUCAAUUUCUUAAUAGAUUUUACGGAAUGAAAUGUUCUGGUGGAUACUAUGUCAUUAUAGUAGAAGAUUUGAAAUGUAAAAAAGUAAUCGGUAGCGCUACGCUCGUCAUUGAACAAAAAUUUAUUCACAAUUGUGGACUGCGUGGACACCUAGAGGAUGUCGUGGUGAACAAAGAGUACAGAGGUAAGCAGCUUGGCAAAUUGGUCGUUAUGGCUGUUAAGCAUCUUGCACGGAGCCUACAAUGCUACAAACUUACGUUGGAAUGCCGAGACCGUCUAAUCCCGUUUUACGAAAGUUUAGGCUUUAACCGAGAACCUGGCAAUGCCAAUUCUAUGAACGUACGGUUUCCCCACGAUAAUCCAGUUGAACAGUCACGAUUGUGACAAUGACUUGGUACUUAAGCU